AUGCGUACAAUGAAAAUGGAAAUUGAUCUCUUUCACGGCGGCGAUCAGAUAGAAAUUGCAAUAGUUCGGGCACCAAAUAUGAGCUUAAAAAUAGAGAGGGAACGAAUAAAUAAAUUAGUUGAAGAAUUCGAAAAUAUUCCUUAUUGUAUAGGCAAAAAUGGGACAGAAUUUUGGUUGAGAGAAUAUAUUAAAUAUGCCGAUCAGACCGGGUCUUUUUUAAUUGAAAAUGAUAAUUGGUCGUGGAAUAGGGGUGUUUAUGAAUGGUCGAGACUGUUUGCUUUUUAUAAGUUGUGGUAA